GGGCCACGUUGCAGUCUGGGGCCAUGCCGUCCAGUAAAGGAAGAGGCCGGGCACGUAGGCUGAAAAAACAGGGAGUGAAGGUGACAUACCAAAAGCAGAAACAUUCUGAACCAAAGGAAGUUGUGGCGAAUCGGCCGUCUGUUGCCCAGGCUACCAUGGCAGGCAGGCGUCACCAGGAAAGAAGGUCAACCGCGCUACGCGAACUUGCGGCCAGGCUUCACUCCGUGCUCAAGAUGUGGGUUUUCCGGUUCUUUCUGAUAAGCAUCCUGUUCGUUUGGGGGGUGCUGCUGUUCAACUGCUUUAAGUUUGGGCUCUCAGAAUCCGUGCCUCUAAAUGAAGAUAACCUGCGAAACAGUGAAGUCAGUGACAAGUCUCUGGAAGAAACAUCCAUUUGGGAAGUUCUGAGUGAUUUUUUCUUACCAACAACCUGCAUGGUAAAGGAGAAUCAAGAAGUAACACCUUGCAAUGAGAUGCUAAACCAUACUGAGCUCCAGUGUUUGAAAUCCAAAUGCUGUUUUUCAACAUCUGCGACCAGGAAUUGCUUUAUGCCAUUUAUAGAUAAAUCUACACAGGUGUCACGCAUAUUUGGAUUUAGUGUACUCACCUUGAUCUUCCUGGGAUGCAUGCCCCUUUGCUGCUACUGUCUUUUCCAGAGAAGCCAAUUUGCCAAUGCUUUGCGUAUGAGGACUGACAGAAUAUUGAAGGCUCUAAGGAAGCGGGAAGAGACAGUGAUGGAUAGUACUGAAAUGUUAGAAAGAGCAGCAGAAGAGGAGGAGGAUGCUGUUGAUGAAGAGAAGGAGAGCACAAGUAGUCAACAAUAGGCAUUGCUUCCCCAUUGAGAUGAAUGCAAAACUUCCAGAGCAGAGGAGACUGUUCCAGUCAUCCAGGCCUAGCAGUUCAUUUUAG